AUGGCGUCCUCGGAGUUGCUGGGCGCGCUCAAUCGGCGCCGGGAGAUGGCGGAAGCAGCUGGUGCUGUUUUCGAGGGGUCUCCGCGGGCCUCGGCGGCGGACACGGUCUGGGACAAGCACCACGAGACGCAGUUCACGCCAAAAGGCAAACAUCGGCUGCCUGACGAAUCCAGGAUGCAGAGAAUCGAGCAGGCGGAGGAGGAGUCGGCAGGGACCAUCACCCCGCCGGAGGAACAUUCACCCCCGCCUGGCAAGGUCCGCGCCAAAGAGAGCCCCGCUGAAAAGGCGGCGCGGCGUGCGCGGGUUUCUGACUUCGGAGGCCCCGUGGCGACCGAGUCCCUAGAGAACGACAAGGCUGUGGAGGUGCUCCAGGAAGCUUCACCUCAGGAGGCGAAAGCGAGGUCCUUUGCUGAACCGCUUCUGCCACCAGUUCAGGUUCAGACUGAGGCUCGGAGCCUGCCCAGGGUGUACGCGCAGUCCAUUGAUGUGUCCAUGGUGCAGGAAGACGCACCAUCGACGCCGCUGGAAUGGCUGCGGCAGGCCUGCCGGGACAAGCUGCAGUUCCAGGGGGAAGCGUGGACGAACAAGCCUUCCCUGAAGUUGAGCGCUCCCUCCUGCACGGUGACGGCCAUCUGUGGCUACGACCACAAGUGGCUGGAGCCGGACCAGUGCAUCGUCACCAACGGCACUGAGUUCAUGGAGGGCCCUGUGGCUGACGUUUGCGUCCUGGAGGCCCGGCAACCCCCGGAGGAGCGGCUGGACUGCACUGGCCGUGGCCCUUUCGAGGAGAACUGCAUCGCGUUCAGUCCUGAAGGGAAGAUCAACUCGGAGUUUGCGGGCAGCCACUUGGCAAAACAAAGAGUGAUGAGAAACGUGGCAGCCAGUGUGACGACAGAUGACUUGACCGAACUGGUGGAGUUCGUCGCCUUCACCCAGCCCUUCGUGGAUAAGAUCGACUGGAGGGCUAUCACGACCAAGAUGCAAGAGACAUUAAAGACGGUGAAGACCCCGUGGCCGCCCGGGUUUGGCUCUCCAGCGCUUUGCGCUGAGCCUCAAAACACCGCCUGCGAGGGGAUCGUGGCCAACAUCAGCUUUCGGGCCACUGCGGUCGCCUUGAAGUCGCAGGCUAAGCAUGUGGGGUGGCUAGAACCGCUAGGAACAGAAGCGAAGAAUCCGAUCAGCAAGCAAGACAAGCAAACAUCGCGACAGGACAAGAGAGACAUCGAGACGGCCCUUCUCAUGCAGGCGCUCGCGCACGGAGAACCUGGGCUUCAAUGUGAAGAGCGGUGGCUGCGAGCAGUGUCUUGUGAAAUAUCAGCGCGUGCUAGCUUUGAUUUUUCCAAAAAUGAGGUGAUGGACUGCCCCCAAGAGUAUCCAGUGGAGUGGUACUUGUCCCACGGCAAAUCUCUGGCACGCGAGCUGGGCGUGCCCAACGAUGUUGAUGUCUCCUCGGUUCAUAUUGCACGGGCCCCGGCUUGGUUUUUUUUGGCGAUUAUUCCGACGGGGCGGCAAUGGGGCGGUUGGCCUGCGGCGUCUGAUUCGUGCUGGGGCGAGGCUGAAGAGACAUUCAACGGCAAGUUCGACAUCAGCGGCUUGGUGUUCAGCCAAGAGGAGACAGAAAGGCGGUUGGACGCUGGGCACGCAUUGCGAGACAGUCUGCAAAUGUCUGCACUUCUGUGCUUGCAUCGAAUCAAGUUUAACAGCGGUUCGGUGACUAUUGAAGACUAUGCCAGUUGGUUCAGCCGUUAA